UAGUCACUCUCUACAAGUCAACUCUCAGUCACUGCGUGCAACUGAAGCACCUAUACAUACACCGACUUUGUAUGUAUGCACUGUUGUAUAUGAAUAUGAUCGACUAUAAUAAUCCGGCGCCACUGGAACGGCAAGAUGCCGGCGCCGGCGUUACGAAGAUGGCGGCGGUGGCAGCGUGCAUCGGCAUGGCUGUGUUCUACGUUGCAAUUUUAUAUUCUCCAACGCUGAUUCUUCGAUUGCCCCCGCCCAAUUCCUCUAAUUCCUUUCUCACACGACGGUUCUUAUGCGCUGCCGUAUCUUCAAUCGUCUCUAUGAUCGUAGCCUUCCUGAUUCUCCCCAUAACAGGGUUGGAUGCAUCAAAUCUGCUCGGUGUGUAUGGCAUCAGAAUGGAUCACAUUUGGCAAGCUCUGGCCUACCCGCUUUCACUGACUGCACUGAUGUACUCUGGUUCCUUUGCCUUGAAGCUUUUAUCUAUGCUUCAAACUAGCAAAGAAUAUUUGGAUAGUGGUGGAGAUCUGUCAGUUGCAUGUAUAAGGAGCAUUUUCUUGAAGAUAAUUGAUGGGGUAGUUUCAACAGCUUCCUGCAUGUCAUCCUGGCGUAACUAUUUUGUGGCACCACUUACAGAAGAGUUGGUUUUCAGAGCGUGUAUGAUUCCCUUGCUUUUGUGUGGAGGAUUCAGUACCUAUACUGCUAUAUUUCUCUGUCCAGUAUUUUUCAGUUUAGCUCAUCUGAACCACUUACUGGAGUUCUAUCUCCAAAGGAACUGCAGCUUGCUCAAAGCCUGUCAAGUUGUAGGAUUCCAGUUAGUAUACACUGUCAUUUUUGGGGCAUAUGCAUCAUUUCUUCUUGUUCGUACUGGGCAUUUAACCGCUCCACUAGUUGCUCAUAUGUUUUGCAACUUUAUGGGCUUACCUGUGAUAUUUUCUGGGAGAUCUGGAAUGGUGAGUCUGGUAUUUGUAAUUGGGGUGGUCAGUUUCAGCAGGAUGCUUUUCCCUUUGACGAACCCGCAUUUGUACAACAACAAAACAGACAAUUGCAGCUGUUGCCAUAGAUAUUGCAGUUGGAGCUAACAAAAUUUUGCAAGAAGCUGCUGCUGUGCCGAGGAUUGUCAAAGUUUGCUAGCUAUUAGCUAUAUUUUGCCUCUAUCUAUAGGCCUCCUCCUCUAACAUAUAUGAAUGUGUAUUUAUCUAUACCCAUCUUCUUAGAGCUUACAAUGGCCAUCCGAUUGUAAUAUUAAAUUUGAUAUGGUGGGAUUUUUUUAGUAAAUUAAUGAGAAUUGUAGUCAAGAAGAAA